UAGUCUUAGACGCAGCUUUGACGACGUUCGACGUGUUUCUUGGAGCUUAGCCUCAAACUGAAACUGGAUAUCGGAUAUGUUUGAGAUAUUUAAUAUUCCUCACGCCGAUCCCCUGGGUUUGCCUUUUACCUUUGGACCAUGGCCCAUUUUUAUACUAAUAUCCUCCUAUUUGCUCUUCGUGCUGAAGCUCGGACCAGAAAUUAUGAAAAAUCGGGAGCCCUUCAAGCUACGGGUUGCACUCAAGGUGUAUAAUAUAUUUCAAAUCCUGUAUAACAGUUUACUUCUAGUAUAUAGCCUUCACUUUAUUAUCACGAAGAAACCCUACGACUUUAAUUGCAUAGUAAUACUACCCUUAGAUCACGAAUUCAAGGACACAGAUCGUCUAAUCGAUUACUUAUACUACAUCAAUAAAAUAAUCGAUUUGAUGGACACUGUCUUCUUUGUGCUCCGCAAGAGCUAUAAACAAAUUACAGCAUUGCAUCUCAUUCAUCAUGUCUACAUGGCCACUGCCGGAUACUUUUGGAACCGUAUUUAUGGAUACGGAGGCCAUUUCAUUUUUGCAGGACUUCUAAAUCUCUUUGUCCACAUCGUGAUGUACACCUACUACUACCUCUCAUCCCAGAAGCCACAAAUCAGGAAGAGUGCUUGGUGGAAGCAGUAUAUUACUGUACUGCAACUGGUUCAGUUUGUUCUCAUGUUUUCUCACAGCCUUUGGACCCUCCUGCAACCAAACUGUGAUGUACCCUAUCCAAUGAUCUUCUUAGUGAUGUGUUUUUCAGCGCUUUUGUUCAUCAUGUUUGUCAAAUUCUAUAGGAAAACCUACACACUGACAAAAAAGAAAGAUCCAUAGAGAAACUUAAUGUAUUACUUAAUAAAUAUCUGUAUUUUCAAUACGAUAAAUA